GCUAGCCACAGAAGCAACAGCCAAAACAAAACCAACGGCGGAGCGAACUCGGAUACCAUCGCAACAAGCGAACGCAAGUUACAAUGGCCAAAUUCCAGGACCAGUACACACCUCCCGGAGUUUCCAUCUAUGGCGGCUAUCAGAACUAUGCCGAGUGGAAGUUCACCUUGUUCCUUCACCUUGACUGGUACGAUCUACGCUCUUUUGUCGUCGACACCGUCGCAGCCCCGGCGCCAGAUGCCACCGACAAAGAACGGCUCGCCUACAAGCGCAAGAAGAUCAUGUCAUACGCCAUCUUGCGCGAUUCCGUUCGGGAGUGGCUCGAGCAGAUGUGCACGAACUACGAGUUUCACGGGCCUUGGGACGGCCCGAAGCCGGGCUGUCAUUGCAUGGCACUACGACGAGUAUUAGAGGAGCCGACGACAACUGUUUAUGCUCGGGUGGAGUGCACAAUCCACUCGCAUUUUGGGCCCUGGUUUCGCGAGUUGAUUGGUUUCAUUUACCUGCCUGUGCCACGAUGGACAACGAGCACGAGAUUCGGGCUUUACAUUCAUCUUCUCAAGAAUACAGUGGCUUCAUGGGCAUUGCGGAGAGAUUUUUUUCCCCUUAUGCAGGAAGAAAGGGCGGACAGCCUGACUCUGCACCUGGCCUGGUUUGCUGCUUCUUAGUCUCAGCAUAGCAAUCGAAACAUGUCCCAC